AUGAAGCUCAAAGCUCAGACCAAUAAAUUAAACACUGAAACACACACCACGUUUGAGACACUAGCAGGGUAUCUAUGGAGGAAAGUGACGAUAGCACGACAGUUGGAUGAUGAGGAGUGUACUAUGUUGAGUGUACCAGUCAAUGUCCGGCGUCGAUUACAGCCUCCGGUGCCACUGGAGUUUUUCGGUAACUUGCCUUUGAAUGUAUAUCCGAAAACAAAAGGAAGGGCAUUGAUUGAAGGAGGGGUGACGACUGCAGCGGGGAUUGUUCGUGAGGCGGUGAGAGUUAUGGGAGAUGAUUAUUUCCGGUCGUUUAUUAACUUUGGUGAAGUUUACGGAGAUAGAGAUCUUGUGGCUUGCAAUGAGAAGCCCGAUAAUGUGCUGUCACCAAAUAUGGAAGUUGAUAGCUGGUUAGGGCUUGUGUUCGAUGUGGUUGAUUUUGGUGGAGGUGGGAAGCUUUGUGGUAUUUCGUUGACAUGGAUGCCUUUUGAAGGAUUGUCAAUCCUCAUCCCUUCUUUGUCUCCGGAUGGUGGCGUGGAUGUUUUUCUUUCUCUGCUUGAAAAGCAUGCAACGAAAUUUAGGGAGAUAUCUCACUCUUUGGAUUAG